CCACAACAACCAUCCCCCUUGUUUCUCACCCUACUUUCUCUCACGUACAUAUAUGCAGAGGACCCACGGGACCUACUCCACCCACCCGCCUCAACCAGGGUUCUGGCUCUGGUGAUAUCUCAUUUCAUACGUAGUCGAAAUGGCUGGCCAGCAGCAACUUCCAAACCACUACUCAAUGCAAUACGGCACCGACAAUGGCGGUAGCGGCCAGCGAUUCUACUCCUCCACCGGCCCCGCAGUGCAGCACUCCAACACCACCACAACAACAACGAACCACCCACCGAGAGACGACCCACUCUCAGACGUUCUCUACUCAACCCUCCACACCGUGCAUUCGAACGUUAUGGCAGGCACCGGUCUACCCACCGCGCAGCUCGACACCCUCCUCAGCGUCGUCCACGAGUAUAGGAAGGCAAAGGACAGCGAGCGAGCGGCUACAGAGAACGAAUUACGGCUGAGGGAGAUGGACUUGCAGUUGGAGAUGUUGAGAGCAACGGCCCGUGCUGACGCUGGUAUGAGCAUGUUGGCGCCAACGCCAGAAGGGGCUGGGUUGGAUAUGGGGAUGGGAUAUGUGGGCUUUUUGGGUGAGCAGGGUGCGAAUCAGCAUCUUGGGGAGGGUAUGCAUCAACAGCCGCGGCAGGAGAUGCAUCAGAAUAGUCAGUACCAAUCGUUGUGGUCGCCUGCUCCACAACAGCCUCAACCGCAGGCGCCACCCUUUUACCACGGCAACCAGACGGCAAUGUUCCAACACUCGCUUUCACUUGGGGCUUACGAGCUGCCUCCUGUUGUGCCCUCUCACGCUGAGGUGGCCGGCAGCCUUCCGGAUCAUUAUCACGUAUCUCAUCAACAGCAUCAACAGCAACAGUCACGACAACAGUUGAGGACAGAGAUGCCUGCUUCACCACAACACCCAUCACCCAUGUCCGCUUCAAGCACUUUCACCAGCGCCCUUGCAGCUACGCCGCCUUCUGCGCAUUUUGACGGCGAAGCCGAAGGGCUGUACAACUGGCAGACGCAGUCUAUGCAGGCACAUAUGCAGCCACAGCCGCAGAUGCAGAUGCAUAAGCACAUCAACGUCCCGCCCUUCCAUCCGGACCCACAGCUCUAUGAGCAACAGGAGCAACAGCGUCAGGCACAACAGCGGCAGCAACAGAAGCAGCAGCAGGAACAACAACAGGAGCGGCACGAUCUUCAGCGGGAUUCGGCGGGCCUGUACUGGAACGGGUCGAUGGAUGUCGGUGCGCAGAUAGAUGUUCACAGGCGGCAGGGUCCUGCGAAUGUGUUUGAGUCAAUGGAUGUGACGUCGCAGCCUCCGAUGCAUACGAACGAUGAUAGAGUGGGUGGCACGGGACAGGUGGAGGGCUUUUCGGCAAAUCACGAUCCGAAUGGAAUUCAUAUGGGAGAUGUUGGGCCUCUGUGUUUGUCCUCCCCAACUUCAUCUAUUCCGAGUGUGCCAACACCACUCACGUCACAUAAUCUGCCAGCGAUGGAACAACCGGCACUCCCCGCGUCACCAAUAAACACCUCCAGCGCAUACAAACCCUCUAUGCCUGAGCCGCAGAGGUCGGAACCCAUCCAGCCCAUAACCACCCUCGCCAGCGGCCGGGGCGCCAUUACUAACUCGCGGUACCGCAGACGCAAACGAAAGACGGACCUCGUCACCGGGAACUGUCAGGUGUGCAAGGCGCAUAUUGUCAUGUUCCAGCUGCAUUGCGUGGAUGACUGUACGCUUGGAUCGCAUACGGUCAACGUCACUUGCGCAUCAUGUACGGGUCAGGCAGCGUCGGCGUUGAACGGCACGAGUGAGGGACGUGUUCCAAACACGAUUGGAUUACCACCAUCAUCCGCGGUAUCAAACACAACAACGACAACAGCAGCAUCGAAACGCCGCAAACGCAAAAUGACAGAGCACCACUCGGUUUGUCUUACGCAAGACAUGCUCUGCAUGCUCUGCAAAACAGUCAUUGGCGUCGGUGGCCUCCAAUUCGAAAGCCCCACCGGAACCGGCUCCAGCAGCUCUUCCUCCCCCUCCCUCUCCCCGCACGCAGCCUACGCCUCACCCAACGGCGUCUCCUCAUCCACCCUCUCUAAACCCCGCAGCACAACAACAGGAGGUAUCAAAAACCCCGCCCUGCCCCCAAUAAUGGUCGAAAUCAUCUGCGCCCCCUGCUACCGCACCUACGCCUUCUGCAGCGACUGCGGCGGCGGCGGCACCUUCCGCACCGGCAAAUACCGCCCGCGCCAGCUCUUCGAACCCGGCCGCGCAACAUGCUCCCUCUCCCACGUCCGCCUCACACCCGGAAAUGUCGAGGAAAAAGUCUUCCGCAUACCUCUGAUCAACGACGACCCCACCCUCGACCCGGCCUACUUCACCACCGAGUCCAACCGCCCCCCGGACGACACUACCCCUUUACUCACCCCCGAAAUCGCAGCCCUGAUGCACGCUUCCCUCCCCUACAUGUACCUCCACGAAGUCGGCAACCCGCGCUUCAUGACCUCCGGCGGGCCCGAGUUCGCAACGUGGGAGAAGCUGCUGGAUAGGAUAACGACUCUCCGCGCGCUGAUUGAGCUGUUGUGUAAAGGCGUGAACCCGAAAGACCAGCCGCCGCCGAAACGCAACUGUGUGAGGAGGUUUUUGAGUCUGAGGUGGGUCAACCGCGCGCAUCCGGCGGAUUUGGUCGUACCUGAGGGGGAGAAUGAGUUGGAGGCUGAGCGGUAUUAUGGGGCUGAUAAUACGAGGGAGGAUGAGGAUGGGGAUUAUGAGGAUGAGGGCGGUAAAGAGCAAACUGCGAAUGCAAAUGGCCUUUUCCGACUCCCCGAUCCCCGGCGCCCCACAGCUGCCCCACCUACACCAUCCCAACAACCACCCCAAGCAACAACAACCCUCCGCGACCCAUCAUCCGACCCACGCCUCGUCUUCACCUUCUCCAUCAUCGAAUGGCGCACCGACACCGGCUUCGUCCGCAACUGCGCCAGCUUCGGCGGCGCCGACCGCAAACCGUCCGUAUGGAACCCCAUGCUGGGCGGGCUGAACGCCAUGCUGCGGGAUUGCGCCUACCUCUCCCGCACCUCAUCUCUCAUCCGACCCCCAUGUUACAUCUACACGAACGCGAGACGGUUCGGGUACUCUGCCCCGACCUUGGCCGUCACUUCCACCCAUUCCCCGGCCGCCACGACCUCCUCCGACCAACGAACGAUAACAAUCCCCCCACCCUCGCCCAACCCCAAACCGCGCUCCUUCUACCUCACAAAGCACGGGUUCACGCUCCUUGAGGAGUUGGACGACACGCACCCGGCGAAACAGGUGUGGGAUCCGACUAGUGUGAGUGCGGCGUUCAGGGAUCCGAAGAGUUUUGCGGUUUGGUGUGCGGAGGUUGGGGAGGUCGUGAGGCUUUUGGGGCUUACGAGGGGAGUCGGGGAGUAGGGCGUUUUGUGGCGUAGGUGUGGGACUCUAUGGACUUGGAAGUAUGGAGGACAUCCCCUGCCCCGUUACGCUGAUCUGCAUCAUUGUACAUACACAAUUUCAACUCCAUGCAUAGGACGUCGCGAGUCUCUCAAACCCGC